AAAUAUUUUAUUCAUAGAAAGAAAAAAGGAAAGAUUGCUACAUGUAUAUAACAACCAUCUUCGAAUACUUGAUUCAUCGGAAAAACAAGUAGCCAUGGGAGUGACCACCUUCUCCGACGACUUCGCCACCCCGAUUCUGGCACGGAGGCUGUUCAAGGCCUUGAUUCUCGACGCCCAUAACCUUUUUCCAAAGAUCACGCCCCUCGGUAUCAAAAGCAUCGACACCAUCCAAGGCGACGGAGGCCCCGGAAGCAUUUCGCAGAUCAACUUCGUACAAGAUGGUGAGACGAAAUACGUGAAACACAUAAUCGAUGUAUUGGACAAGGAAAACAUGGUGUACGCAUACACGCUGAUCGAAGGCGGGGAAGUGUCGAUAGAGAAGAUCGAGUCGAUUUCUUACGAGAUGAAGUUCGAGUCGGUGGCGAACGGAGGGUGCAUCGGCAAGAAGACAAGCACGUAUCAUAUGAAAGAGGGGUUUGAGAUCAAAGAAGAGGAAUUCAAGGAGCACAAUGAGAAGGCUUUUGGUAUCUUCAAAGGCAUUGAAGCUUUCCUCUUGGAAAACCCUAAUGCUUAUGUCUAAUUUCGUGAUUUUGCAUGUUACGGGUCGACAGCUAGACAACAAAAGUUUCGGUUUUUUGGAACAUGGCUUUCUUAAAUAUGUAUUUUUAUUUGUCAAGAUUUUUAUAUUUGUAUUUUCUUGAUGAAAUAUGAAUAAAAAUGCUUUGUAUAUUUAAAAUAAUUUGAAUUUUUGGUAGGAUAUAUUAAA